AUGCGCUAUCUCCUCGACAGCGACGCCACCCCCGACAAGUGCACCGACCCCAUCUGGCUGCUCGGCGUGCAGCACUCGGGGUACGAACCCCCGCCCCCGCUGCCCCCAAGUACGCCUUCUCCUCGUCGCAGCUCCGCAGAUUCACGACGCUCGCCUGCAUCUUCUUCACACCACUCAUCUUCCUCCUCGUCUACCCAAUCUCCCAUUCAUCCCGAUCCAUCACUUUCUCAGUCCUUGUCGUCCCCCAACUCGAAACACCCCGCUGCCAACUGGCCGCCAGAAUUUUAUGCUGAUUUUACGUCUCGGAUAUGGCUCACGUAUCGCUCUCAAUUUGCUCCCAUCCGAGGGGAGAAGGGGUGGACAAGUGACGCGGGGUGGGGAUGUAUGUUACGCACAGGUCAGUCACUAUUAGCCAAUGCACUCCUCCAUCAACUGCUAGGACGAGACUGGCGAAGACCACCAGCUCCUGUAUAUACCGCCGACUAUGCUACUUAUGUUCGUCUCAUCACAUGGUUCCUCGACUCCCCAUCACCCCUAUGUCCCUUCAGUGUCCACCGUAUGGCUCUUGCCGGUAAAGAGCUAGGCAAGGACGUCGGGCAGUGGUUCGGCCCCAGCACCGCUGCAGGGGCAAUCAAGACUCUUGUACAUGCAUUUCCAGACGCUAAUCUCGGAGUGGCUGUCGCGGUGGACAGUGUCGUGUACCAGACGGAUGUAUACGCGGCAUCGCACGGGCAGCUGGGCUCGCCUCGCCGAUCGCCACGGACCUCCUGGGGUCACCGCCCGGUCCUCGUCCUCGUCGGGAUCCGACUAGGUCUGGAAGGUGUCAAUCCCAUAUACUACGACGCGAUUAAGACCUUGUACACCUUCCCCCAGUCAGUGGGUAUCGCGGGCGGGCGCCCGUCCUCCUCGUACUACUUCGUCGGCUCGCAGGCCGACAACCUCUUCUACCUCGACCCGCACCACGCGCGGCCCGCCGUACCGCUCCGCCCGCCGCCGCCGUAUAGCUACAGCAGCGACGCGACGCCGCGCGUGCCGAGCCAGGACCAGUGGGACCGCGACUCGUCCGUGUCGGACUGGGAGAGCGGCGGCUCGGGGCACCGGAAGAGCCGCUUCCGCGCGUCGCCGCAGCACGGGCGUACGCCGACGUCGCCCGCGUCGUCCGUGCGCACAGGCUCGUCCGCAUUCUCGUACCACCACCACUCGAAGAGCCCGAGCCCGCUGCAGAAGCAGCUGUCGACGUCGACGAACGCGUCGGGGUCGUCGCAUGGGCACGGGCGGUGGUCGACGGCGGCGACGACGGACUCAGAGAUCGAGAUUCCUGGCGAGGGCGAGCAGCUCGACCCGGUGCAGGAGCAUUAUGUGACGGCGUAUUCGGCGGCGGAGCUGAGGACGUUCCAUUGCGACCGCGUUCGGAAGAUGCCGCUGUCGGGGCUGGAUCCCAGCAUGCUCAUUGGGUUUCUCUGCAAGGAUGAGAAUGAUUGGUUGGAUUUCCGGAGGAGGAUGGCAGAGUUGUCCCGGAAGCACAAGCCCAUUUUCUCGAUACAGGACGAACCGCCAUCUUGGCCUUCUGAUUCGGACGAGUAUAUGGGCUUGGAAUCGAUCUCCGAGCCCGACAUGGAUAUCGAUAUGCCUGAGGAAGAGGAGGAGUUUAUGGACGCCAGGUCCACGUCUGCCUCCCCGGCCGCAAGUAUUCCUGGAGGCGGCAAGGGCUCAGAGGUGGACACGGAAGAGGACCCCAUCGGCCCCAUUACGCCUGGGCCGAGCUCGAGGAGCACGUUUGAGAUCAACGACGAGAAGCGGCGGGGAAGCGUGAGCUCUCAGGACGAGAGCGUCGAGGACGAUCUCGAGGACGAUGACUGGGUCGAUCCCUCGUUGCCGACGCCCUUGGCGCAGCCGUCGGCGCCGGUGCAGCAGCAGCAGUCGAAGCCGCGCGAGCGCGAGGGCAAGCACAAGAAGUCGAAGAAGGCGGCCGUGCCGGUGGUGCGGAUGCCGUCCCCGCCUGAGCAGCAGCAUUAUCCCUUCCCUGUCACCGUCGAGUCCCCGGAGGAUUCGGUCGUGUCGUCGAGGAGUAAUAGCAGCAGGCGGGUACCGCAGUUGCAUACGGUGCGCGCGAGGGAUGGCGGGCGGACGCAGAGUGGAGGCGUCAAGGGCGUCCCGACAGAGGACUAGGGAGUUGUUGGUAACACCGGUUCAUCCCGCGUAGGCGGAAUCUUCAACGUUCGCAUCAAAAGACACUUGUGUGUUGAUACCGCUUUUCUUAUUCCUUUCACCUUCUUCACGUCUCGCAUUGCUAUCGCAUCUACCCCCUGUACUUCUGUUUGUUCCCCUUUUUAUCAUUCACUGAACUGAACCAGCCGUACGAUCUGGCUGCUGUCAUUUCAGGCCCGAGGUGGGAUGUUCCAAUCUGUACUACUAGGUACAUAUUCUGUGGACGCAUCUGACUAAUAGAAUGAUACCCGCUGCUGUACAACACG